CGGUUACGCCGGCACAGUUCGUUUCCUCGAUGCAGAGCCACACCUCAUUGUUGGCCGGCUCUGGGACAGAUCGCAAGAAGCACUUUAGAUUCUUCUGUUAACCGUUGGAAACAGGCUGUGUAAAGUGCGAGUAAGAAGCGGAGACCUGACCGGAGUGACACCAGAGUUCUAGGUUUGACCAAAGAAAAAACAAUCCUACAAGAAGAGAAACUGCUUCAGGGAAGAGCAAGAUUUUUAUCCCAGGUCAUCUGAAUGGAGUGAUAAGAAAAGGGAUCCCUCUCUUAUCCCCUCCAAAAAAGACUGAAAAGCAGAAAAACGCCUUUUAGCCCUCUUGAAGUGGGCUGUGCCGAGCUGGAGAACACUGUAGCAAUGAGCAACUUCUGGCACAAAAUUGGCUGCUGUGUGGUGGUAAAGCCCCCACCGAAGAAGCGAAGGCCACGGAUAGACCGCACCAUGAUUGGAGAACCAAUGAACUUUAUUCAUUUGACUCAUAUUGGGUCAGGAGAUAUGGGCAGUGAUGGCUUUUCUAUGGCUGGUCCAGUCCAACAGAUGAGCUCAAAAGGUCCCAAUGCCAAUGGCCGAAACAGCUUGUUAUAGCUGCUAUCUGCAGAAGGGAGAACACCACUUCUGAGGAUCCACUUGAGUCCUACUCUGUGCACAGCACUUACUGUACCAUUCGGAUUGGAUAAACAGCAGCUUUCUGUUUGGGGGAAACCAAAAAAGGCAACCUUCAGAUCAUCUAACUUCAGCUGAAAAAGUCAUUGAGAAAACAAGAUGAAAAUUCUUCUGUCAUGGGUGGAAGACAUUGUUUAUUUUUGUAAAAGCUUCACUUCCUCUUAGCUGUCCACUCAGAGACCCCAGAUGAGAGGUUUCCUUACAGGUCAGAUGUUUUUUAAAGUUACAAUGGAUGUCACAACCUGCCUGUUCCCUGGUUAUAUAUGCACGACCUCUCAGAGACGUGAACUGCAGAAUUUAAGGAUCCACCACCAUUAACUGCUCGGGUGCCAAAAAAAGGAUGCUGUCAAGGAAUGUGCAGGUUUUGGAAAUUUAAGAGAUGAGAAAUUGUCACUUACUGUAGCUGUUUUUUUUUUUUUUUUUGAAUUAGUAUUUUCUGUUUCCUCUUUUGAGUUUUAAAACCGUAAUAUACACUGGUAGAAUCGAUUGCCAGAAGGUUUCUGCUGCUCGGCACCUUUAUUCUCCGGCAGAAGUACACACUGGACUGCACUUGUUGGAACCAAAGCCGCAUGGCAACUGAUCACUGGAUUGCUCACAUGUUGUUGUGUUCAUCCUGCUGACUACAUCUACUGCAAUUUUUUUUUUAUUAUUUUAUUAUUGCAGCAAUCAGGGAUUAUCACAGCAGAAUUGCGAGUGCUGAUGCCGUUCUUAUUCAGAUUGUUGCAGCUUAAAGAAGAUUUCACUUUAGAAGUUUUUGGGGGGCAAAAGGGUUGCCUUUUAUUUUUAUAUAUAUAUAUAUAUAUAUAAUAUAUAUAUAUAUAUAUAUAUAUAUAUAUAUAUAUAUAUAAAUCUUUGUGUUUUUUUUUGGAAGGGGGAAUUGUUUGCAUUUUGCUUUUUAAUCACAAUAUUUUUCAGUCACGGCAUUCAGUAAAAGAGCAAAUCCACAACUUUGAUGUAAUUUUGAUUAGCAGUCCAAAGAUUAUUAAAGCAAAUCAAUGUCAGACCAAAAGCAAUGUGUUUACGCUUUACAGAUGUGAAAGUGCGGAGGCACAAAGGCCUAAAAGCUUAAGUGGGGCACUUGGGAUAAACGGGAAGGCGGUAGGGAUAAGCACAUUUUUUAUUUUUGUUUAUUGUUUUUCAUUUUCGUGAGAAAAAAAGUAGAAUUACUGAAUAGGCUUGCCUGAGAAAUAUUAAGGCUUUCACUCCUGGUCAGAAGCUGCUGCUAAUAACCUUUUAGAUGCAUUUCCCUAGAAUUGUUCAAUUCUUUUAAAAGCAAAAUUUGACUUUUACUUCAAUUUCCGGUUGUGUUUUUUUUUUCAGGAUUCCUUAAUAAGAUAUCAGAAUGAAUCAGGUCCUGAAAAUCCAAUCCUGACUCAAGACAUAUCUUGACAGACAGACGCCAACUCACACAGCCAGCCACGUGUCCACUGUAUCUGAAUGACGUAUUAAAGGGUCUCCUCAUUGAAGCUGCCAGCAGUGCCCAGACCCCUUAACUAAGAAAAUUGUGCAGACUUGAAAAUUCAUUUCUUUUUUUCGUGCUCUUGUCUGUUGUCAAAAGAGAAGUGAGAACAUCUCUGCACACAUUAGUUGUUGACAUGAAUGUCUCUUUCCUAAUUUUCUCGUUUCUACUUCUUGAUAUUUUGACUGUGUUUUACAGUCCACUCACACCAUUCACACCACUCCAUGCGAGCUUGCUCCAUGUCCAAGGCAUUGCAGACAGGAGACCACCUCAUAUUUUAAAUGCUGAGCAUUGUAGCCUACUGAGGCUCUCAAGGCUUGCUUUUCAAUUCCAGAAUAUCCAUUUGUCCAUUAGUUGAGCACCGUUUCUUCCGGAUUUUGGGUCGCUGUAGUCCAUCCCAGCAGCACUGCUGCAAAACAUCAACCAACUGUUACCAGACAGGAAACACUCGCCCACUCCACUCAAGCCCACCCAUUCUGUGCCAGUUUAGAGUCACCGCCAACGUGUGUACAUCUUUGGGAUGUGGAAGUUAAAUCGGGUUGCGUUUGUGGUAUCCUUGCGGAUGACUGUAUGAGAAUAAAACUGAUGCUUCUGCAACUUUAAGGCACUACUGGGCACUACUUGCUUCACCGAAACCUGUUUUUGGUCUUGAAGUCUGGGAGCUCCGGAGACGCUGUGACGACCGUUAAAAGUAAACAAGUGAUGAACUCCCAUCAAAACACCCCCGUAGGCCUCUGCAGUUAAAUGAGGGGCAAAUGUGAGGGGGAAACGAACCAAGGGUGUCAUUUAAAUAAAAGAAGGCCAACUUGUGAUCAUCUUUGAUUUGGUGAUAUUUUUGAGAAGCAGUUUGUCCAAAACUGGCCAACUUCAUUUCCUACCAAGCAUUAUUCCUUUCCCCUUGGUCACUUACUGUACUAGUUGAUCAAACUAUAAAUCCAUCGAGACAGUUACUGAGACGUUAGCAGGUAAGUGUGCUUUAACAGGUUUAAAUUCUGCCUACUGGCGUGACCCAGGGAUUUUGUGAAGCAGUUCAUUAUACCUGUCUGGCAACAAUAUAUGGCAGGCUCAAAAACUGGACAUCCACCCAGGCCGCACUUGAGUAGUGACAAGUCCUACAAAAGCCACAUAAAGUCGCCUCUUUGAUGAAACAGAAUAUGCAUUUCCUGACCAUCAUUGAUGCUGUGGGGUCAUAUGAAAUGUAACGGGCAGGGUGAUAUUUAGCAUUUCACUCCAUAGGAGUGGCUUGUUUUAGGCAGGCGCUCUCUACAUUUAGAUUGUCUUCCCGUUUUAAUUUGUUGCUGGGGAGCAGCUGUUGUGACAACACCAUUUAGUUCCUUUAUGUUACUUCUCUGUACUUUGUAGAAAUGUCUCUUUUUAAACGUGUUACUGUAGCGAGUUUAGAAUAUUACAACAAUUUUGACGAGCAUAGGCCAUUCUGCCUAAUAAAGCUCGCCAUUCCUAUUCACCUAAUUUUUCUGACAUAACGUUGAGUUUUGAAAGUUCCUAAAGUUCCACUCCCUACGCUAUCAUGCUACUUGGUAAUCCAUCUGUGUCCCCUUGUUUCUGUUGAAGAACUAAAUUUAAAGAAAGAAGUGGCAUCCACUGCACUAAUCCUGCUAUUUGUACAAAGCCAGAAAGUACUGAAACUGUUAAAGCUCACUUGCAUGCCAACGCGUCUAUAAACGUCUCAACAGAUUUAUAAUUUGAUCGGCUAGUACAGUAAGUGACCUAGGGGAGCCGGCCUCGGACUAGAAGCUCGGGUGCAGCUUUGAGGUAAUCGGUUAGAAAACAAGCAGAUCAAGCCUAAGAACAACACUCCACACACAUCACGUACGGCCUUCUGCCUGGGUGGGAACUGCCGAUUACAGAAUCCAGUUCUUAUCAGCGUUCAGCAAGUUACAGAUACCAUGUUGGAAAUCGGAAUGAAAUGAUAUUAAGCAAACUUCCCACAAUAUUGUAAUGGUAUGGGGUUUGGACCUCAUAAUGCCAACAUUCCUCACCUGCUAGUGUUCCGUUGGACCUUUUAAGUUGUGUUUGUCUGAUACAGAACACCAGGGCUCUCACUCCCAGAGGGCCAUUUUCAGGUCCCCAAUUAAAAUAACACAGUCAUCCUUUUAACAUUUCAUUUGCUCUCAGUUGUUUAUCAUCGCAUCUUGAACAUCAACACAGAUUUCACAUGAAACCAACAUCAAACUACACACCUAGCUCAUACCUCAUUAUGCUUGCUUUUGAGAAACAAUCUGAAGGAUAUUAACUGUAAAACUGGAUUAAUAAAUGAGACAGUUGGUCAUUAGCUGGGGCUGACUCCAGCAGAGCACCUCAUGGUUUCCGAUCGUCAGUGGAAGACUUAGCGUUUUACGAAAUUCAUUCAUCAGUGUUGAUCAUUCAUUCAGUUAUCACCUGAGUAUCCAUGCUGGCCGUAGCCACGUGUGUCUUUACUGUGUGCUGUUUAAUUUCAAACCCACACAUGCAUGCAGCUGGCAAACGUUCAGGAUCUUCAGAACAUAACUUAGUCCAUUUUUUUUAAAAACUGUAUUCUGCAAACAGCUGGUCUGUCUACACUGAACACAUCCAAAAGUGGGAAUAGCUGGCCUAUUCCUGAUGUAUAAUGACUUAAAUGGGGGUGGGAUUGCAACUCACACGGCCGUUGCCUUUAUGCCCCCAUAGAUUCUUGGCUGUGAACAUUCGGCCUGCACUUCUGAAGAAGGCCGAGGCUGUUUGGCUCGUCACAGUCCCCUCUUUGAAUGAUAGUUGUCUUCGUUUUGUUCGGUGGUUUCAUGUCAUCGAUCUUCCCAAAUCAUCUUCCUCACGUUCAGGGAAGUCCAGUUGGACUGAGAACUGAGAGCCCUCUUCUUCUUUGACAUCAUGGCCUUAAUGAGUCAAUUUAGUAUUAACACAUUUGGUUUUUUUUAUGUCUGGUUUCUUCUGUAAUCAUUUUUCAGAUUUUUUUAAGCCUAAUAUAUAUAUAUGUCUGCUUAAUUUCAUGUCCAGUUAUUUUUGUAACUAGGUUUCACAGACCAGAUAAAACACAAGUAAGAAUGAGAGCACCGUGCUGUCGAUCACAAAGUCCAACAACAGUUUGCAGUUUGCUUUAGAAACAAAGCAAACAAACCUUCCAGUUGGCCUGUCAUGACACCAGUUCUGGGCACUGGUGGUGACCAUUGGGUCGUGGAUGGGCUAAGCGUGCAGACCUAAGUUUGCUGUCAGAACCACAAAAAGACAAACAAAACCAAAAAAAGAGAGAGCUGCAUGUGCUUAGGUGCCCGUGUCCGUGAGUGGCUAUGCUCGUGUGACGCUGACUGGCAAAGCACCACCUUAGCAGCUUCCACCUGCUUUCCAACAAGGGGUUCAAAGUAUCGCUCAAGUUCAGCACAAAAGGAAACCUGCACUUUAUCAAGGAUGCAACUUUGCCUGUUUCUUUGUCUUUUUUUUUUGUUUUUUUUUUUUGGAAAGCUUUAAAAUCUUUUAUUUAUCAAAAUUUGUAAACAUUUUUGCUAAAUAAAUGCUGAAUGUAAAAUA